CUUGGGACAUCAGGCCAAAACAUGAGGGGAAGCAAGUGUAACACCGAGGGACAUCAUUUCCGGGAUAUUUUCAAAAACGAUUUCCUCACAUUGGUAGCUAGCUACUUGCCAGCAGUUAAGUUAUAAUUCUAUUCAGUACUUUUUGAUAAGCAUGUUUCAUAAAUCUUGAAUGAAUAAUUGUUAAUUUGCAGGAAUGUUGAGUAACGAGACUUUUCAGAGACAAUUAUCAACCAUUGUCGAGGUAUUAGUUGCAGCGGCAGUUGCGGAGAUGGGAAGACUCCUCGAUGAGUGCUCUGCUGCUGUUAUGCCUCUAAAGUUGGUCCAGCAGAAUGAUGGAAGUAUUUUGCUGAAGAGUAGGCUUCAACGUGUGAACAAAACCAGUACACUCUGUAACAGAUGGAUACGGCCGUGUGGGAACACUAACCCUAUCAAGAGACAAUUUUCAUCAUUCAUGGAGAUGUUGGGUAAAACAUCGUUGGAAAAAAUGGCGAUGUUAAUGAACGUGAUCAUGGUCGAAAAGGAGAAGACUGCCACAGGCAUGAGCGCACAACGGAGUGUCAGUCGGGCGAGGGGGACAGAGGAAGGAGCACCAAGAGGAGACAGUCUUCAUUUCCACAACUACUGCACUGACCCUCUCUCUGAGAGUGCUCAUCAAGAGGAGGAUGACUUUGACCCCCAGACCUCACCUGCCUCUGCCUCAGAGACACAAGACGACCAGAGAAACAUGGAGCCAAACUCGGGCAGGAAUGGAGAAGAUGCCCAGUGUGGAGGGGAACCUACUGGAGGAGACAGUCUUCAUUUCCACAACGGCUGCACUGAUCCUGUCUCUGAGAGUACUCAUAAAGAGGAGGAUGACUUUUACCCCCAGACCUCACUUGCCUCUGCCUCAGAGACACAAGACGACCAGAGAAACACGGAGCCAAACUCAGGCAGGAAUGGAGAAGAUGCCCAGUUUGGAAGGGAAGCUACUGGAGAUGUGGUAUUGCUCUCUGAAUUUGAUCAUCAAGAGGAAGUUCACCUUAAUCCCCAGCUCUCACCUGCAUCAGACCCAGAGAAACAAGACGGCCAGCCCUCAAACAUGGAGCCAAACCCAGGCAGGAUUGGAGAAGAUUUCCAGGAUGGUGAUUCUUCAAAUACAGCCCAAAGUUCAGAUACAAGCGCUGCCACCGGAGCAGUGAAGAUGCCGUUCAUUUGCGACGUUUGUGGAAAGGGUUUCAUUUGGAGAUGCACUUUUAAAGCCCACCGUAAUCAUCACACCAAACCCUUUAGCUGCCCGCAGUGUGGGAAAGGUUUUGGUACGAAGACUGGGUGUAAUAAUCAUCUCUUAGCGGUGCACUCUAAAGAGAAGCCCUUCAAAUGUACAGAUUGUGGGAAGGUGUUUGCAUUGAGGAAUAGUUUGGUCAAACACAGGGAUCUCAACCCAACUCUGCACACCUGCACAACAUGUGAAAAAUCAUUCUGUGGGGAACGUGCACUAAAACGGCACAACUUCAGUGAUCACCCGGAAAAGGCAUACAUCUGCUCUUUGUGUCCAAAAACCUUUCGGUCAUGGCCAACAUGGAAACGUCAUAAGGCAGAGCACUCGGAGGAGAAGUAUUGCUGUGAAACCUGUGGCAAGCUUUUCUGUUCAUCUUCAUCCUUAGCCAGUCAUCAGAGAACAACUCAUAAAGCAAAGGCUUAUAGCUGUGAUGUAUGUAAUAAAGGUUUCAGGGAUGUAACCAAUUUCCAAAAACAUAUGACCUCCCAUAUUAGAAAAGGCCAUGUUAGUCUAGAAAAAGCUUUUGCCUGUAGUGUAUGUGAGAAAUGUUUCUCCUGUGCACGCACUCUCAGAGAUCAUACGACCAUUCAUACCGGUGUAAAACGUUUUGGUUGUAGCAUAUGUCACAAACGUUUUCGUCUUUCAACCAGUCUCAAAGAUCAUAUGACUUUACAUACUGGAGAGAAACCUUUUGUGUGUGGUUUAUGCGGCAAGAGUUACUGUCGGGCAAGCCAGCUCAAAGCACAUGCGCUUGUCCAUACCGGAGAGAAACAUAUGGCCAUCACCCAUACCAGAAGAAAAGACUACAGUUACGUCUGUGACGUAUGUGGAAAACAUCUCCCUGAUGUAUUCAGGCUCAAAUGCCAUAUGUUCGUACAUACUGGUGAACAACCUUUUGCCUGUGAUCUAUGUGGCAAAAAGUUCAAUCACCCAAGCAAUCUCAAAAGACACAAGCUGUCUCACACAGGGCAGAAAUUGUAUGUUUGUACUACUUGUGGUAAAGGUUUCACCCGUUCAACAACCCUUAAGAUACAUCAGCGCAGUCACACUGGUGAAAAGCCUUACUUGUGCAAUAUCUGUUGUCAAGGCUUCACCUCACAUGCCUACGUUAAGAAACACAAGAUGAUUCACCUGCCACCUCAACUUCGUUCAAGACCGCAGAACACUGGGCCAAAGUCACAUGUCUGCAGCUACUGUGGUAAAGGCUUCUGUUACAGAUCUGUGUUGGAUCAGCACAUGCGCACUCACACAGGAGAAAAACCAUUCAACUGUCUCAUUUGUGGGAAAUGUUGCAUGUUUAAGGCUACUCUUGAAAUCCACAUGCGCAGUCACACAGGGGAGAGACCAUUCAAAUGUCGCAAUUGUGGGAAAGGGUUCAUGUGUAAGAAUACUCUUGUAAAUCACAUGCGCACUCACACAGGGGAGAGACCAUAUGCUUGUGAUGAAUGUGGCAAGAGUUUCUCCCAGAGCAGUCAUUUAGUAUCUCACCAGCGUGUGCACACUGGUGUCAAAGCAUUUGUGUGCAACAAAUGUGGGAAUGCCUAUGCCUGUAGCCGAAAUCUGAAAGUUCAUAAGUGCAAGUUCAACCAGAAAACAGUCCAUGGAAAGAAUGUACAGGAUCACUCUGUAGAAAACCUCUCACAUGAUCACACUGGACCCAGUAUCCCAAAAGCAUCGUAAGGCUAAGUUCAUCGUUAGAACCUUCGUAGGAGUAUCGUUAAAUCUCCAAGCUGUUAACCAAAACCAUUGUUACACUUGAAAACACUUGUUAUUUACCAACUGCCUCAGACCUCAUAAAACAGCUAAGUUGAGUCUUUAGAUGUCCCCCCCGCAUCACUUAAUACAGAGAAGAUCUCAACUAAACACAAGCAAGUUGUUUAGGCUCUCUGUGACCACCAAUAACUUCAGAACUAAGUUGACUACAAGUACAAAGUUGCCAAUGUCUUUGCAAUUGUUACAAACCGAGGAUAAAAAUAUGCUUUAACUGAAAACCAAGAUUACUGCAUUAAAAGAUAAAUAGGCCUACAGUGUAGGCUACAUGCCUAUAUUUCAAUCAUAUUGAAAUCAAUUUCAUGUUAAUUCAAUUGGGUUCUAUUUAGCUAAUUGUAGGCAACUGUAUGUAUUUUUUGCCUCAAUAUAUUUCAUGUGUAACAACGUGCGCAAUGAUGUGCCAAAUCUCGAUUUAGUGCAUUAUAUAGGGUAA